CGAAGUCUGCGGUAGCCAGCCCCAGGUCUUUUCGUGGGGCGGCGGUAUUCGUCUUAUAUCCGGACUCCCCCCACCCUACACGACCCCUCUCUCACUCCUUGGGGUCGGGCCCUUAAGGGCAUGCACCUGGCCCUAAAUGAUAACCUCUAGCCACCAAACAGAGGAAGGUACUGCGAGGCUGGAACGCGGGUGCGCCAGUCGCGAAACCUCAAAGCGGAGCCCCGCCCCUCAAGGCUGGCUUCCUGCCUCCGUAUUGGUCUGCGCGCCCGUCAGUCUCCCCCCAUGGGGCCGCGCCGGCUGUACUCCCUGUUCCCUCUUCUCAGUACGCGGAUUUACUGGCUGCCUCGGCUAUUAUCCAUCCGACCCAGCCAUUCCGAUCCUGACCUGGAGCCGGCUCCGGAAAGCCUCGAGAAGGGGAGGGCCGAACUCGGCCGGAGCUGAGCAUCGUCUGGGUGGGCUGCGGGACCGCGGCCUCUUCGCAGGCAGCACCACCUGUCGCCUGGCUAGACGUCGGGUGAGAGAAACGAUGUUGUCCAGGUUUAAAAUAGUUGCCACUCCUUGUACUCUGGCAUGUCGUCAUUUGCACAUAAAAGAGAAAGGCAAGCCACUUAUGUUGAACCCAAGAACAAACAAGGGGAUGGCAUUUACAUUACAGGAACGACAAAUGCUUGGUCUUCAAGGACUUCUACCUCCCAAAAUAGAGACACAAGAUAUUCAAGCCUUACGAUUCCACAGAAAUGUGAAAAAGUUGAAUGGCCCUUUGGAAAAAUACAUCUAUAUAAUGGGAAUACAAGAAAGAAAUGAGAAGUUGUUUUACAGAAUACUGCAAGAUGAUAUCGAAAGUCUAAUGCCAAUUGUAUAUACACCAACAGUUGGUCUUGCCUGCUCCCAGUAUGGACACAUCUUUAGAAGACCUAGGGGAUUAUUUAUUUCAAUCUCAGACAGAGGUCAUGUUAGAUCAAUUGUGGAUAACUGGCCAGAAAAUCAUGUUAAGGCUGUUGUGGUGACUGAUGGAGAGAGAAUUCUGGGUCUUGGAGAUCUGGGUGUCUAUGGAAUGGGAAUCCCAGUAGGAAAACUUUGUUUGUAUACAGCUUGUGCUGGAAUACGGCCUGAUAGAUGCCUGCCUGUGUGUAUUGAUGUAGGAACUGAUAAUCCAGCACUCUUAAAAGAUCCAUUUUACAUGGGUUUAUAUCAGAAAAGAGAUCGAUCACAACGUUACGAUGAUCUGAUUGAUGAGUUUAUGAAGGCCAUUACUGACAGAUAUGGACAGAACACACUUAUUCAGUUUGAAGACUUUGGAAAUCAUAAUGCAUUCAGGUUCUUGAGAAAAUAUCGAGAAAAAUACUGUACCUUCAAUGAUGAUAUUCAAGGGACGGCUGCAGUUGCUCUAGCCGGUCUGCUUGCAGCCCAAAAAGUCAUUGGUAAACCGAUCUCAGAACACAGAAUCUUAUUUCUUGGAGCAGGAGAGGCUGCUCUUGGAAUUGCAAAUCUUAUAGUUAUGGCUAUGGUGGAAAAUGGCCUCUCAGAAGAAGAGGCGCAAAAGAAAAUCUGGAUGGUUGACAAAUUUGGUUUAUUAUUUAAGGGGCGGAAAGCUACAAUAGACAGUCAUCAGGAACCAUUUGCUCACUUAGCCCCAGAGAGCGUACCUGAUACUUUUGAAGAUGCAGUAAAUAUACUUAAGCCUUCAGCUAUAAUUGGAGUUGCAGGAGCUGGCCGACUUUUCACUCCUGGUGUAAUCAAAGCCAUGGCUGAUAUCAAUGAGAGGCCUGUAAUAUUUGCAUUAAGUAAUCCUACAGCACAAGCUGAGUGCACAGCUGAAGAAGCAUAUACACUUACAGAGGGAAGGUGUUUGUUUGCCAGUGGCAGUCCAUUUGAGCCAGUGAAACUCAGUGAUGGGCAAGUCUUUAUACCAGGUCAAGGAAACAAUGUAUAUAUUUUUCCAGGUGUGGCUUUAGCUGUUAUUCUCUGUAACACCCGGCAUAUUAGUGACCAUGUUUUCCUAGAGGCUGCAAAGGCUCUGACAAAUCAAUUGACGGAUAAAGAGCUAGCUCAGGGGAGACUUUACCCGCCACUUGCUAAUAUUCAGGAAGUUUCUAUUAACAUUGCUAUUAAAGUUACAGAAUAUCUAUAUGCUAAUAAAAUGGCUUUCCGAUACCCGGAACCUGAGGACAAGACCAGAUACAUUCGAGAAAGAAUAUGGCGAAGUGAAUACGAUUCCCUGCUGCCGGAUGUGUACGAUUGGCCAGAGCCUGCGUCACGCCCUCCACCAACAACGGAAUAGAAGCACACCACUGAUAAACACUUUCCAUGCUUCAGGGACUCCUUUCUUCAGACAAAAAGAGAGGACGUUCUCAAAUGUAUGGGUUUUUUCUGUGUUUUAUUCUCCCCUACCACUUUGCUUAUUUUUUCCCAUGAAUCUCCACUUCUGUCUGUACAGGAUGGACCUGCUGACUACAUUGUUAAUGCCCACCUGCACCCUGAAAUCAGAUAACCAUUAUGCUUUCAUUCUGAUUUGUAGCUCAUACCACAUCAGAGAUAUUAAAAAGAUACUUGCGAGUGUCUUCAUUUGUGCUCCUGUUCACUCUUGCCAAAGUAUUUGCUAUUUACUAUUAUAGCUAAUCAUCUUCUCUCACCCAGUUCUUCUAGGGCUACUAAAAUAGAAAUUUACUUCUGUGGAUAUGAGUACAGAAUUUUGGGAAGAAGCCAAAUUUAACCAAAUUCUAAGGACAAAUUGUCAGUAUCUAAAAAUGUCCUUUUAUUUCUGCUUCAUUUUACCUUCAUGCUCUGAAAUUCCUUUUCAGUUAGAUAGAUCAGGAAAAAUCUACUCUAUUAUGUAUUUUCUGGGACUAAACUGAGGCUUAACUAUAACGUGGGAGAAAUGUGAAGUACUGCCGCCUUUAGACAAAUAAACUAGUCAUUGUUUUCAACAGUGUAUAAAAAUCUCAGUGUAACUUUUUAAAAUAAAUAUCUUAAAUUGCUUCAAUUUUGCUCUUUUAUUGCCCAACGAGAAAUUCAGGUUUGCUUAUUAUGGAAAACACAUAUUUUUAUUUUCUUCUAGAUGAUUCUAAAGAAGGGGGUAUAGGAUACUUGAUGCAUAAAUUAUGAUUUUUGACAGCGUGUGACCUAACAGAUUAGCCAUAUGUUUCACAUCUAAAUGAGUCAUAUUUAGACUCAUCUAUGAGUCUAUACCCUUAUUCCAGUAGUGAUGCUCUUUAUUACUUGAUAUAAUUUUGGAAUGUUCAUAUGAUACAUUCCUUUAACUGUCAUUAGUAGUGACAACUCUUUCUCCAUUGAAGAUGGAUUUAAUUGUUUGAAACCACCAAAAUUAAUUUAGAGCUAAGUGGGAAUGAAUAAAGCAGGUGUUCAGACCAGUAAAUGUCAUUUUUAAUCCCAGUAAAAUGGGUAAUAACUGGCUAGUGAGACCAGUUUUCUUAUGUGGCUUACACACUGGAGAGUUCCCACAGAACAAUCCCAAACAUUUUGAGAAGUAGUAUUGCUAUACAUGAGCCUAACAUAGUUUGCUUUGGGGGAACAAACAAAACUUAAAUGCCCAUUCUAGAAUAUUAACUACGAAAAAUUAUUCAUAGCUACAUAUCAGUGUGCACAUUAUUUGAUAUUUCCCUCCACAGUCCUUGAUAUGUUAGAUGUGAUAUUCUGCAGGGAGAUAAAAAGGCUUCAUUUUUAUGUUCCUGUCUCCUUUUACCUAUAGGUAGAGAUUGAUUCACAAUAAUUUUGAAUAUAAUUCAGUGUUUUUAAGAAUGCUCAAAAUAGCAUUGCCAUUUGGAGUAUGGGAAAAUGCAGUUGGUUAAAUCCACUUAAUAGAUGAGUAAAGUCAGAGGUAUGUUAUAUCAUCAAUCUGUUUUGUAAAAAAAGCAAUCAGGUCACAAUUGUUUUUUUCAAUUAAGGAUGAAAGGUUUAUGUUUCUCAUAUUACCUUUGUCAAAACAAAAUCAUCCACAAAAAUAUUUUCUGUGAAAUCUUGAUUUUAGUUUAACAUUACAAGUAAAAUAAUUACAGACCUGUUUUUCACCUAAUGCUUAUUGAAGACGGGAAAAUGUAGAAUUAAAGUAAUUUUACUAAGAUGUUUGCUUAUUAAAUAUGCCUAAUACAGUAUACAUGGAAAUUAAAAAUAUUUUAAGGAAAAAACAAGGCCAAAUGGCAUAUAGCCUGCUUGCUUAAAUAAGACAGAAAUCAUAUUUAUACUUUAGAAGCUACUUAUUAUGUGUUAUUUACCAACCAGUAUUUUAAGAAGUAACAGUUUUUUGGAUACAAAUUAAAAUGUUUUAGUAUAUAAGCUAAGAAUACAGGCAGGAGCUAACAGCAUGGUGGGAAGGGAGGUGGCAUAAUGGCAGCAAACUGGAAAAGAAAUGGACCCUCUAUGGAAGCUUUUACCCAGCGAAAAGGUAAUUAAUUUGAAAAAUAGCAAUGGACAGUCAUUUUUAUUCCUUUGAAAAAAGAAGAAAUUCUGUAGAUUAGUCUGUCACAUUAUUUAGUGGGAAAAGUGAGAAUACAUAAUUUUCUAAUCUGAGACCACCCACCUGUACUGUGAAAUAAAUUGGAUAACUAAUGAGGGUAAGGUUUAUUGACUAUAAUGGGAAAAGUGUUAAAGAUUUUGGUUAAAACCUUAAGGGAUGGAUUCUUAACCAGGAAGUUGCCACCAAGUCACUAUGAAGCUUUAAAAUGCAGAUGCCUCUGCCUCCUCCUUUAAGGCCCCCUGGACCACCUGGAGCAGCGCUGUGGCAGGUGUAUUUUCAGUAGGUCCCCAGGUGAUUCUGGUGCACACACUUCCCCUCCCCUCCCAAUCACUGUCUUAAAGUGGAUGUCCAAAUCAUGUGGAGAGCUAACUAAUUCCUCCUGCUGAUGCGGUGGGUCUGGGGUGGGGCCUGAGAUCCUGCAUUUCUGACAAGCUCCCAGGUGAUGCCCGUGCUGCUGGUAUAGAGAACACACUGAGUGGCACUGCUCCAGAGUACUGAGUGUGGUGUGCGUUUAAGUUUAGUGCUCAGAUAGUAUAUACUUUCUCUGAAAAAGAAAACUGAAAUUCUGUUCUUUCAUCUAUUUUUUGUUAUGUAUAACUUACCUAGGAUGUUCAUAAGAACAAAAAUACAGAACUUUUAAACAGCUUAUUCUGAAAAUAUGUAAAUAGAACAUUGUUCAAUUCUAAAUUAGAUUUUAAAUAUAUUUGUUAAGGAAAACCUAGCAACUAGUUUUCAUUUAUAAAAGAUUAUCAAGUGGACAUUUGUUCUCCGUUAUUAUUUGUCUUAUGAUAUGACUUACCCUAUCCUUUGUCUUUUCUUUCUCUAAAUUAUCAGCCUCUGGAGAAAUGAGAUUCUGCAUUCUCCUUUGAUAAGGAGUUGCUAAUGAAUUAAGACCAAAGCAUAACAAUUAUCAAGGGGUAUGGAGCAUUAUUUACUCUCAGAUAACUGAGAAAGCCCAAAGGGGAGAGUAGAGGAGUGGGAGAAGUCUUGCCUUAGAAAAAAUACUUCAUCCAAAUGCUCCUGUUGCUUUUCCCAAGCCCAUUCAGUACCCCUCAAAAAUAACCUCUUCAAACUUUGAACAGCUCCAAGGUUGAAUUCACCAAAAUGGAAGCAGCUCUGUUGCGCAUACAUACUUGAGAACAUUAAUAUAAAGCUCAAAGCUCUCUACUGGGAUUCCAUUUAAAGGGACUGUCCUAAAGAAUGAAGUAACACCAGUAUCGUAAUUCCUCUCCACAGGUGCAGGUACAUUGCUGACUUUAUAGAAAAUGGCAGAGAGAUUCAUUAUCUACUUUGGCUCUCAACUGAUUUAUGAUUUGUACUUUCAUGUACAUCUAGAUGUUAAAAUAAAAUAAAUCCUCCACAGACAAGCUAAAUAAAGUAACAUACUUAAUAUUUAAAAUAUUCAAGACAAUUUUACUACAGAAAACUUACCUCUCAUCUGAAGUCAAGAUGUUUUAAUAUAAGUGGACAAAAAGCUCAAUGCUUUGUUCCAAAUUUUAUAAAUAAUCUGGGCCUAAUUAGGACAGGACUCUUAUUGCAUAAUUCCCUUAAUCCUUGCCAGCAGUUUCUCAAAUAAACCAGUGAUUAGAUUUUAAAAUAAUAAUGAUUUUCGUUACUUGGAUAUGGAAAAUAGUGCCUCUCAAAGAGAAAAAGUCAGGGUCUGGAAAUGUGUACAGAGUUCAGUGACGUAAAACACAAAUUAAGUCAAAUGACUGGGAUGCUUUGUAUAUUUCUGUAGCAGCUUUUUGCCAGUAAACUGACUCUUUGAUAUGGCUAUUUAAUCAAUCCUGUUUUUCCCAAAUAAAAACUUAUUUUCCACUUUGCUCUUUGGGAAAUUACCCCUACAUUCAGCACACUUUUAAAAGUUUUAAGACGAAGGGGAAAUUUAUGGGUAUAUACUCCCCAAUUUUCAGUAUGUCCUUUUUUGUUCUAGGAAAACUGUUCCCCUUUAUUUUCCUAAUUUUAAGUGUACGUUCUAGCAAAUCAUUGAUUCCUACAUAGUCACUGAAUUAUCACCAACACGUUAGGUAUGUUCAGUUAGCAAAUGAUGAUAAACUAAAUUUUAUGGAUAGCACCUACUCUGCCGGGCAUUGUCCUAAGCAGCUUACAUGCCUCAGCGUAUUUAAUCCUCACAACCACCUUCUGUCACUGUGCCUCUUUUACAGAGAAGGAUACAGAUGCUCAGAUAGGUUUAAAAGAUUUGCCCAAGUUCUCUGCUGGUGAGAGGCAGAGCUGUGUGUCACCUCAGCCCUUCUCAGGGAAGAAGGGCCUCUGUGACCGGCGAUUUUAUCUGGAUCUUAAAUACCUUAUCUUCAGGAAUUGUUAUUUCAGAUGAAAAUUGUUCACCUAUUAUGAUAUUAGUCUUAGGUCCUUUUUAACGUGUUUUACCAGUUCAUGUGAUUUUUACUUUUUCCCAUUUAUAAUUCAAAUACAACAUAAACCUAUUUAAUUUGUUAGUCUUAAGCAUUUUAAGUACUAGAUGUAAACAAAAGAUUUGGUUUUGAAUUUGAUAAAUUACACCAAAAAUUCCAGCUCACUAACAUCUUUUGAUUUGCUAAUCUUCACAAAACCACCAACUGCUAUCACUCUGUGCAAAUCAGUUUCAAUAGUGCUUAUACACUUUGUAUCUUGACACCUACCAAUGUCGAUAUGAAUUGGAAUUGUAAGAUAUAUUUUUAAUUAUGUCUAUUGUAUUACAUCCAUAUCUAUAACUUCUUCCACUAAAAGGUCAUAACAGAAAGUAGUAAUAUAAAAAUGUAUGUGUGGAAUAAGGAAUUUCUGAGAUCUAUUUUAGCUAAAUAUUUGACAAAGUAAAAUUUCUGCCUAAUGUUUUAUUAUACUUUGCCUAAUGACCUUUAACUGAAAUUAAAACCAUAUUUUGCAAUUGAUAGUGUUUCCUUUGAUAACGUCCCAAGCAUUCAUUAUUGACUUGAAGGAAGCCACACGUAGCAAAAGUCAUCGCUUACCCUUUCUCACCUUUGUAUUUAAGAUAAAGAGAUGGAAUAAGCCGUCUUCUGGUAAUAGCUUAUGGGAAUACCGGUUUAAGGGGAACGCCUUGUGUAGAGUGUAUUUUACCAGAUUGACUUACUCUAGAUGGUUCCAGGAGUCAGUCUAAAAACUUCCUAAUGGUGUGAACUGUUUUCUUCUCAUUUGUUAUAAAUUUCUUCUCAUAAAUUCUACUGAGAUGUGUGUAUUUUCUUUUUUUUAAUUGAAGUAUAGUUGAUUUACAAUGUUGUGUUAGGUGUACAGCACAAUGAUUCAGUUUUUAUAUAUACACAUAUUCUUUUUCAGAUUCUUUGCCCUUAUAGGAUAUUACAAGGUAUUUAAUAUCGUUCCCUGUGCUAUACAGUAGGUCCUUGUUGGUUAUCUCUUCUAAAUAUAGUAGUGUGUAUCUGUUCAUCCCAAACUUCGAGAUGUGUGUAUUUUCUUAAUAAAAUUUUCAU